CUUCCCCUACUACAGGCACUGGUCCUCUAGCGGAUCAUACAUUGGGUGAUGCACAAGGUUUCUACAUGUACAUCGAAGCCAGCUCGGUGGGGGUCGGUGCCAACGCCCGUCUCCUCAGCUCCAUCUUCCCCUCUGCCACGGGCUCCUGCGUUUCAUUUUGGUAUCAUAUGUAUGGCUCCACCGUGGGCGAGCUCAACGUCCGCGUCAUCGACGCUCUCUCAGGGUCCGAGGAUUACAAAUGGCGCCUGUCCGGCCAGCAGACGGCGAACCCGAACGCCUGGUUGGAAGGGAGGUUUUCAGUCAUGAACGGAGACGGCAUGACAAUCAUGAUCGAGGCAUCAACCGGCAUCAGUUACUAUGGAGACAUAGCCAUUGAUGACAUCACAGUUUUGGACCAAAUUUGCCCAGUAUUCCCCAGCACAGCCGAUCCUUCUAUCUAUGAGACGGUAAGCUGUGACUUUGAGAUGUCCUUGUGCGGAUGGAAACAGAUGACCGAUGACGACUACGACUGGACGAGAUACGCAGGCACAACAUCCUCAGCGUCGACCGGUCCGACGAGUGACCAUACAACUGGCACAGGGUAUUACAUAUACUUUGAGGCAUCGAGCGGUGUUUUAGGCAGCACCGCCCGGGUGAAAUCCCUGAUGAUUCCCGCCACUCCAGCUGGGGCCUGUCUUCAGUUCUGGAUCCAUAUGUACGGUACGACGAUGGGGGCGCUAAACCUCUAUCUUUACAAUACCUUUGACGGAACGACUACGUUGGUUUGGAGCCAGUCAGGGACACUCAGGAAUACGUGGAUUUACCAACAGGUGGAUCUAGUAUCAAGUCAAAACUACGAGCUAAUCUUUGAGUCUGUUCGCGGAUCAGAUUUCCUGAGUGACAUAGCACUGGACGACAUCCUAUUUGAUUCAUCUUCAUUAUGCCCGACACAAAAACAGUGUACCUUCGAGCAGGAUACAUGUGGCUGGCGGCAGGAUACCACCGAUGAUGGUCUCGACUGGAUCAGAGGUACAGGGGCGUCCUACCCGACCGUUCCGACGGAUAAAAGUACUAGCACUUCGAACGGUAAGACCGAUGCUGCGCUUCCUUAA